CGCUGAUCCAGAAAAUAUAAGUUGCUCAAGCAGGGGCGGACUGACAACUCAUGCGGCCCCCGGGCAUUAGGGCAUCAUGGGGCCCCUGUGUCCUUGCCCAAACUCAAAAAAGCCUAUGAACAAGGUACCAGGGGCACCUCAUGGGGUCCCCUACUGACCCCGGGCCCUUGGGCAGUACCCGAGUUUCCAAAUGGGGUGUGGUACCAGGGGCGUAUUUACCACAAGGCAAACAAGGCGUUUGCCUA